GGUGCCCCGUUCGUGCGCACUCAUGCAUAGCUUGUACGGGCGGUUGAUUCGGAGUUAAUUGUUCGGAUAAUUGAUCACUAUGUUUAUUUAAACCAUAUGGCAUAUUGUUAAAUUAGGGGACUGUUUGUUUCACACGCAUCUGGAUCUCGACCAGUGAUCUCAUCCGAACGCUGGUUCACAUCAUCCACUAUGCGGGUUUUGGUGACCGUAAACCGACGACGGAUAGCUGAUCGUAGUUCGUACGCGUCGCGUGAUCAAACGACCUGAGAGCAAAGACGGCUGGUCGAUCGGUCUUACACCCUCCGUCCGAGUCCUGGCUCUUCCCGCUAUCAGGCUAAAAUUAACCUUCUGUGCAUGUCAGGUCAUUGUUUCAUCAUCACCAGGCUUUCAUCAUGUCAUCUAUUCCUGUGUUCGGGAUUCAGAGUUUCUGCGUUAUCACUGGGGCGAGCAGAGGUCUGGGUCGAGAGUUGGCACUCAGCCUGGGCAGUCGCCUUGGGGAAAACUCGCUGCUCGUUCUGACUGCGCGGUCCUCAUCUGAUCUGGAAGACACACGCAAACAGGUGUCUACCUGUGCCCCUGGAUUAACCGUGAAGGUACUCGCCGGAGACCUCAGUGAUGAAUCAGGAGUGGAGGAAACCGCCAGGCGUUUGUUUGAAGGGGUGGACUGCUCGCAGUACCAGCAUGCGGUGCUUGUCCAGAAUGCCGGCUCACUAGGAGAGAUGUCCUACAUUCGCAACCUCAGCCCCAGACAGCAGACCCUGCAGAAAUACCUCUUGUUGAACCUGACGUCCUUCAUCACCUUGAGUACCAAGUUCCUUGGCGCGUUCCCCAAGCGGGAAGGUCUCCGCCGUAGCAUGAUUUCCAUCUCAACCCUCUGCGCCAUUGAGCCCACGAAAAGCUUGAGCCUCUACUGCACCAGUAAGGCCGCACGAGACAUGUUCACGAAGACCCUGGCCGUCGAGGAGCCGGACGUCCGAGUUCUGAAUUAUGCGCCGGGUGUCCUCGACACGGCCAUGAACCAGGAGAUCGUCACGGAAGCUGGCGAUUCAGAACUACGGGAAAUGAUGGCCAGUGUCCGGUCCACACCUUAUUUUCUGACUCCAACUGCAACCUGCAAAGUGCUCCUGAAGGUGCUGACAGAAGACACCUUCAAGUCUGGCGACCACAUCGACUACUGGGAUGUGGAAAAGCCUCAGUAGACUAGAUUUAAAUAGCAAAAAACAUGUUUUAUCAAGAAAAGAACAAUUUUAUACAAGAAGGUGCGCAUAUUAGUAGUGAGGAUCGUACUCCCUGAUAUAUUCAAAUCUUUUUCAUCAUUUUGCAAAAUUGAUUGUCACAAACAAAGACAUUGAUUUUGUCUUGCCACAGUCCAAAGGCUUUAGAAUCUUUUACAUGUACUCUUUUUCUUUCUGGUGUUCAACUUUUCUUUUGCCUAUGUAUUGCCGAUAAUUAUCCUGCAUUCUACUGUUCAUGCCGGUUUCUUUUGCCUUCAUUUAUAUCUGUUCUGACACAGCAGGGUUAGAGUUGAUGGGAAUGGAAUAAAAGGUUAUAGCUUUAGGAUAUCAAAUAAAUUACAAAUGUUGGAAAAGUGGUAAAGUGGAAGAGGUUAAAAUACCAUAAAAUAUUCACAAGUCUGAAAAGCUUCAGAGCUCAACGGUACAGCUGGCGAUGUAAAAGUACUUCCUUAAAAUAAACAACGAGAUCCUCAACUUGCUUCACUUCCAAACAUCUCUACCAUCCAUGAGGAAAACUAGAAAUGCGAGCAGCUGGUAUGAUAUUUCCGUAUUAUAAAAAAAUGUUCACAUUGGAUUUGUUCUUUUCCAUGAGGUACGUCGGGUUCACUUUUAAUUUUUUUCAAUUUGGUUUUUUGAAAUUGAGAUGUUUUGGGCAAGAUCUUUACACUCGUAUUCAAAUUUCGCUAUGUCUAGUUGAUCAUUUAUUUUCACUAAAACUAUGUUUCACUUUUGUUAAAUACGCACAUCACAAAUAUUGCCAAGUUUUCAGGUCUGUUAAGUAAGUUUUUUUUAAGAAUCAACAACUAACAUUUCUGAGGACUUUUUAUGAAUUUUGUUUUUUAGUUUAAGGAUGUCAGACAGGUCAACACAUACUGAGGUAUUCAUUUCUUACUAUAAAUAAGAUUUUAAUCCUCACCAUAAUUCAAAGACAAAGUUUAAAAAGCUACAGAAAUGUGAUCUCAUAAGACAUAUAUGAUAGAAAUAAAUUACUACUCACCAAGA